AUGGGAAGCUGCGCAGAGUCAGUGCCAGAUUUUGACAACAAUGUUCUCACUGAGACUGCCAAGCCAUUCCAGCAUUCAGCAUGCUUUGUUCCAGCGGGAACGCCUCAAUGUCAUGCAUCAAAUCUUCUGAUCCUUGACAAUGGCGAUCUUCUCUGUGCUUGGUUCGGCGGCACGCAGGAAGGGAAGCCUGACACCAGCAUUUACCUGGCCAGACGACCUGCUGGAUCAAAUGUGUGGUCUAAGGCUACAAGAGCGACUUCCGAUACCUCGAGGAGCGAGCAGAACCCAGUGCUAUUUCAGACGCCCGUCGUAGAUCUCUGGCUCCUCUAUACUUCGCAGAAUCUCGGCGAUCAAGAUUCAGCUGUGGUCAAACGUCAAAUAUCGAGAGACCGUGGAUCGACAUGGGGGGCUCCAGAUGUCCUCUUCUCAGAGCCAGGAACUUUCAUUCGGCAGCCGGUCGUGGUUCUUGAAAGUGGAGCUUGGGUGAUACCGACAUUCAAAUGUCGUAGCGAACCAGGCGUGCGGUGGGUUGGCAACGACGAUAUCUCGGCGAUCCGGAUCUCACAAGAUCAAGGCCAGACGUGGGUCGAAAAAGAAGUCCUCAACAGCUUCGGCGCCGUUCAUAUGCAAAUCCAGCAGCUUCAAGACAGGACUUAUCUUGCUCUGUAUCGCAGUCGAUGGGCCGACAACAUUCAUAUGUCAACGUCCCCAAACGGCAUCGGUUGGUCUGAGCCCAAACCAACAGCACUACCAAAUCCCAAUGCUGGCGUCUGCUUUGCUGUUCUGCCAUCUGGACGUGUCCUAGCGGUGUACAACCACUCUUCGAGGGCCAACGCUGUGGGCCGUCGUGAAGGCCUGUACGACGACAUUGCUGCUCCCGACGACGUCCGCAAGAAUCAAACCAGCAAGCACGCUGGUAAGGAGGCGUUCUGGGGAUCACCAAGGGCUCCGCUGUGUCUCGCUUGGAGCGAUGACAAUGGCCAUUCAUGGAGGCAUAGAGUGCUUGAAGAGGGCGAUGGAUACUGCAUGACGAACAACAGUGAGCAGAAGCUGAAUCGUGAACUGUCGUAUCCGAGCAUCAGGGUUGGGAGUGAUGGGAAAGUGCAUGUUGCUUUCACUUUCUGGAGGCAGGGCAUCAAGUAUGUCGAGUUUGAUCCUGCUGUACUAGACCAAGUAUAG